GUUGCUUAUGCUUUCAUUUCCUCAGUUUUGAGGUCAACCACUACACACCCAUUAGCUUAUUUCCAAUCCCUUAGUUACAUUCAUUACGAACAAAAAUGUAUCCAACCGGAUCUGGAACGCAGGGCCAAUUUGUUAUUGGCCAGGCAUUGGGUCCGACAUCAAUUAACAUACAUGGCUCUAUCCCAGCCAGCGUAGUAGACAAUCAAUUUGAGCCAAAUUUUCGGCAAUUUGAUUUUUUCCUCGAAAACAAAGAAGUUCCCGAUGUAGCCACAGUGGAGAGAGUCUUUAAGACACCGGAGGGGGAGGUGAACAGAAGUUUCUAUCAGUUACUCAGUAACAAUCUGCGGUGCUGCCCAGUCUUGGUGACUAGUAUUUUUGGAGCUGGCUUCGCCAACUACUUGUAUACGCGCUUAUUAUCGAAGUCUGGUACGUCUGUUCGCUGGGGUUUCUGGAGGUGCUACGCAUUUAUUCUUCUUUGGAACAACUUUACAAAGUAUUACGCACGUGAGCGAUAUUUCCAGAGAGAUUUUCAGCGGAACCAACUUUAUUCCCACGAUGAGCUUCGCCACCAACGCGAUCGCCAGCGUGUGCGGGAGGCGCUCUAUGCGAAAAAGUUUGUUACGGACCCUAUUGCAGAAUUUCGCGUCAAAGCGUGGCAGGUGGCCGACCGUUUUGCAUAGGAAAGGGAAAGGGAAGGAGGUAGCCUGUUUGCGAGAUAUUCUUAUAUCGAAAAAAUAUAUAGAAUUACAUUUAACGGGAGCAGUAUAGCAUCAACUAUUAGGUGCAGGACGGAGAUCCAAGAUUGGGUCCUACUGUAUUUGCAGUAUCUGCUAUUAAAAUAUAUUCAGCAUUACCAAAAAACAUAAUGCAAAUAUAGUUAUUUAGGCAAAUUAGCGUAGGAGGAAAUUGUGAGUAUGGAAUAGUUUCUUAUUCUGCAAGGCAUUUUGAUUAUGAUCAAAAAACUUUACGCAUUUAUUUAUACUUAAAAAGAAA